GUGGAUAACACCAAUCAAUAAAAUUGCACCAAAUGAAACUGUUUCUUGCAAUAAAAUUACAUCAUAGGUAACUCUAAAUUUCAGCUCAUAGAGUGAAGUGAACAACAUAAAAUGUCAUUCUUACGGCACAGUAUUCCCAGUCAUACUUUCCGGCAGGUUUACACGGCUCAGUCCGGCGGGGACAGGAAAGAACCGCGCAUUCGCGAACAAGAGGUCUUAAGUCGACCGGAGAUUAUCAGAACUCCUGCUGAACGGUUCGCGCCAUUAGCAUCCACCUUCCAAAGGAGGAUUCUUGCCGGGGUUGGGUCGGCUUCGCUCGUCGCCGUCGGGGCAAACUUCGCUGGACUCACGAGCUUCCUCCUGGGAUUCGCUCCGGAGAGCGGCCGCAAUCUGAAGCUGGACGUGCUGUAUCCUAUCAAAGGGUACAGUCGCUACAUCGAGGUGAAUGAAGGAUUCGAAUUCAUUUAUCCCGAAAGCUGGGUCGAAGACCAGACUGUGUUUUACCGAGCCGUUAGGAAGGCGGAACUCGAACGAUCACUCGAUCCUCCUCCCCUGCGCAAAUCUUCUCGGCAGCGGGAGAAUGUGAAUGAGCCGAUCGUCGCAUUUGGUCCGCCUGGCACCAGCGGCGAGCUCAAUGUCAGCGUCAUCGUCUCAAAGGUCCCUCUCGAUUUCUCAAUUGAAUCUUUUGGGGGACCAAAGGAGGUAGGCGAAGCCGUGCUACGGACUGUCAUAGCAUCGAGCCGCCGUCCCAACGUGAAGGGAAGCUUGAUCGAGUCAAACUUAAGAGAGGAUCCAUCAACGAAUGUAAGAUAUUAUGGACUCGAGUUUAAGGUCGAAAGUCCGACGUUUCAACGGCACAAUGUUGCUGUUUGCUGUGCUCGAAGUGGUAAAUUGUUCACUCUGAAUGCUCAGUCGCCAGAAUCUACUUGGCCUUCCGUGAAAGCGGACUUCUACACGAUUGCAGGCUCUUUCAGGCUCACUUCUUAAUGUUCAGGAGACCGGAAAAAUAAUGUUUUAUUAAUUAACCUGGUUUCUGUAUCCGGAGCAUCUCUAAUGAACAGGUGAAAGAUUCGAUGCCAGACUAUGUAAUCAUAUACAACUUCUGUACAAAUUGUUCAGGAGCACAUUAUCUGCUUUCGCUAGGUCGUUCUCUCUAAGUUCUCUGAGACCAUUGCAGUGAGAUAUGGAUCCUCAAACCCGAGUUCUGUACCGUACCUGCAAAUAACUACAGCAAAAUUUUUGCA